CCGUGCAGGCCGGACCGCGGCGGCGCUUCCGGGGCCGCGCGGGGCGAUGGGCGAGGCGGAGGGCGGCUCGGCCGGCGGCGCGGAGAAGCCCCCCGUGCCCGCGGGAGGGGCGGCUCCCGAGCCCGGCGCGCCGGCCGAGGAGGCGGUGGUGUGGAGCCCCGAGGUGGAGGUCUGCCUCUUCCACGCCAUGCUGGGCCACAAGCCCGUCGGUGUGAAUCGCCACUUUCACAUGAUUUGUAUCCGAGAUAAAUUCAGUCAGAAUAUUGGACGUCAGAUUUCCUCCAGAGUGAUUUGGGAUCAUUUGAGCACCAUGUACGACAUGCAAGCACUACAUGAAUCUGAGAUUCUGCCCUUCCCUAAUUCAGAGAAAAACUUCAUCCUGCCUGAGGAAAUUAUCCAAGAAGUGAAAGAAGGAAAAGUAAUGAUUGAAGAAGAGGUGAAAGAAGAAAUAAAAGAAGAGUUGGAACCUCAUGCAGGCCCAGAAGAAGUUUAUGCACCUUCAGGAAACUUGGGAAAAGCAGCUGAAAAACCAAGCAGCAAAGAGAAAGAAAGGAGCUCAUCAGAUUCUGGGUCCAAAGAAGGAGCUGAUAAAAGGAAACGUAACAGAGUCACUGAAAAGGUCUUAAAUGCAAACAGCAAUCCCUCCAGUCCAAGUGCUGCAAAACGGCGCAGAACAUAGAGAAUACAGUGAAAGACAGGUGCUUUUAACUAUAGAACCAGGGAAGGGAACAGUAGAAUGGACUAGGAGAGAAAGGAAGUUGUUAUAAAGAUUUGUUAGGUGGAGAAAAAAUUAUUUGACCCAGAUAUUAAAAGCUUCGGCACAUUGUCAUUAUGUGUGGACAUGGGUUUGUGUGUCUUCUCUCAUAACGGGUUGCUUGCUGGUCAGUAUUGCAUAGCUAAUCGAUGGCUACGUUCUCAGGAUACUGCAGGAAAGUUGGCAGCUUUACAAGCAUGUGUGUACUUAACAAGUCAAGUGGUAGCAUUUUAAAAUAUUAGUAAUGCGUGCGCACACACACACACACAUACUGUGUUAACACAGUUUGUGAAAUAAGCUCUUGGCGGAACAAGGAGCCUCAGUUCUUAAAAAGCUUACGUCAAUUAUUUAAAGUUUGGAUCCCUUUCCGGACUUAUUUUUAUUGCUUUCUUUGGUGACUAUUAUGGCCCCUUGGUGGGUUACUGUUCUUAGGACAUUUUACUAGUAACAUGUUAUAGCAAGAACCUCUUUUUCUAUUAAAUGUCUGGCUUUGUUGGUCCAGUAAAACUAAAAGCUAUUUGUUAAAUACAGAUCUAAGGUGAAGCAUUCUUUGUUACUGUUCUGUUUGACUGAGGGGAAAAGUAAACCCUCUGUCUCAUGGAGACUUAGUGUGGUAUAAUUUAUUUUUCAGCCUUUUAUUUCAUACUGUAAAUAAAGGAAGAUGUUAAAUGUUUCUAGACAGAAGUCCUCAUAAGUGGCUUAAACUAACAUGUCCAGUAGUGCCACAUGGUAUGAAAGGGAUCCACUGCGCUAUGCAAGAACCUGGAGAUACUGCCUCAUCCAGUUGUACUGUAAUAGUGUAUAUAACAGUUGGUUUUGUAUUUCAGCAUUUGUCAAUUUUUUUAAAAAAGCUAUUUUUACAAAGGGCUGUUAAUGGAAAUAAUAUUGUAAAACCGUAAUCUUGUGCUGUUAUUGUACUUUCCUGGAGUAGUUUUAGUUCACUCUUACUGGUAUUUUGAAACUUAUUUUCAGUCUUAUAUGCUAGAAUAUUGAGAAUUGGUAGCAGUUACUAUUUUUUGAAUUGCCAGAAAAUGAUCAAUUCUCCCAUUUUAUCCCUUCCCUCUUCCUGACAUACUGAUUUUAACAAGUGCAUGUUAAACUGCUGAAUGAAGCAGUCUGAAAUGUUAUUGGGUAGUAUCUUCACAGUAUUAACUUUACUGUUAAAUAAAAAAAUAGCCCAACA